CAGAAUUUUGAUUCCAAAAAAUUAGGACAUAUUUCGGAGCUGUAUUUGGCCCUCUUCAGCAACAAUUUAUUUUUUUCUUCUCAAAAUUACUUUUGUCUGAAGCUAGUAGAUUUUUUUAUAUUAUGUUUCCCUAUUCCUAGCAACGAAAUAGAGCAUUUGGAUUUCAGUUUGCAUUUGCCUUUUAUUCUCUGUUUAGGACGUGGAGGAAGUGCUGGGAACAAGUUCUGGAUGUCACUGGGUCUUCCAGUGGCAGCAACUAUGAAUUGUGCAGACAACACUGGGGCCAAGAACCUUUACAUUAUCUCUGUGAAGGGUAUCAAGGGUCGCCUCAACCGCCUGCCGUCAGCAUGUGUUGGCGACAUGGUUAUGGCAACUGUCAAGAAAGGGAAGCCUGAUCUCCGAAAGAAGGUCUUGCCCGCUGUUAUUGUGAGGCAGUGCAAGCCGUGGCGCCGAAAGGAUGGUGUUUUUAUGUACUUCGAAGAUAAUGCUGGUGUUAUCGUCAACCCCAAGGGCAAAAUGAAAGGAUCUGCUAUUACUGGGCCAAUUGGAAAGGAGUGUGCUGAUCUAUGGCCAAGGAUUGCAAGUGCCGCCAAUGCCAUUGUUUAAUUGUUUGGGUUUUUGUCAUUAAACUCUUUAGAAUGGUUUUUCUGAGGUUUCUGAACUCAUCUGGCUUUAGGCUGUUGUAUCUUAACAGAUUUAAGUUUUGCCAUGGAGAUUAAAGUCUUAUCUUUUUACACCUGGAUGGAGUUCUGUUGCCUUU